GAUCCCAAGAUGGCUGGGCGAAAACUUGCUCUAAAAGCCAUUGACUGGAUAGCUUUUGGGGAGAUUGUACCUGCAAACCAAAAGGCUGUUGCUAACUCUCUGAAGGCCUGGAAUGAGACCCUCAGCUCCAGGUUGACAGCUCUGUCUGAGAAACCACCGGUGAUUGACUGGGCUUACUACAAGGCCAAUGUGGCCAAGGCAGGCUUGGUGGAUGACUUUGAAAAGAAGUUUAAUGCCCUGAAAGUUCCUGUGCCAGAGGAUAAAUACACUUCCCUGGUGGAUGCUGAAGAAAAGGAAGAUGUGAAAAGUUGUGCUGAGUUUGUGUCUCUCUCGAAGGCCCGGAUUGUGGAGUAUGAGAAAAAGCUGGAGAAAAUGAAUAACAUGAUUCCAUUUGAUCAGAUGACCGAGGAGGACUUGAAUGAAGCCUUCCCAGAAACCAGAUUAGACAAGAAGAAGUAUCCCUAUUGGCCUCAUCAGCCAAUUGAGAAUUUAUAAAUUUGAGUGUUGGAGAGAGCUCUGGCCCUUACAUUACAAACUCUGGAUGUUAAAAAUAAAAAAUAUAUAAUUCUGGGCA